AUCCCUCCGUCACUAAUAUGCAAUGUCUUUUUGUGCAGAAGCCGACAGCUGCCGCGUACCACCGACUUCCCACUAGCGCCGCCACAUGCCUGUCGGCUCCUCUCCCCGCGCCACGCGGCACACGACGACGCCAUUUGAAGAGGAGCGCUCGGAGGCUCUUAACGCCGCGGCGGGAGCGCGGCAGCAGGAGGAGCAGCCGCGACCGCUCCUCCACCUCCUUCGCCGCCUCCUCCCCAUCCUCCUCGGCUGCUAGGCUCCACCAGCAGCAGCCCGAAGCGGAGCUCGUUCUCUUCCAAGCGCGCAGGAAGGACGGCAAGGAGACGUACGUUGAAGCGGGCGAGAAACCGGGCGACGGCCCGGGCUUGCUUCUUCUCCUCCUUUCUAUGGUGCAGAUUGGCGGAGCCAAGCAAACUGAGCCCAACAGCUGGCCCUUUCCGCUGGCAUGCAAACAGGGGGGCGGGUCGGCCCCCAUGCGGUGGCAGAAAUUUAGGCUGCCGCAUCCGGUGCGCCUCUCGUCUCCCACCUCCUGUUCUCCUUCCUACUCCUCCCCCUUGUCGGCCAAAUCCAUGCGGUUUAUUUGGAACAAGAUUUUCAGCAAAGGAUCGCAUAUGCUGCAGUGUCUUUGUGGCAGGAGCCUCAAGAAAAACAAGAACCCAACUGAACCGCAGCUGAAGGGCAUAGUGACCAGGUUGUUCUGCAGGCAAGGCUUCUAUCUCCAGAUGGGCCAGGAUGGAAGUCUGGAUGGGACCAAAGACGACAGCACCAACUCCUCUCUGUUCAACUUAAUUCCAGUGGGACUCAGAGUGGUGGCCAUCCAAUCAGUAAAGACCGGUCUCUAUAUCGCCAUGAACGGAGAGGGUCAUCUCUACUCCUCGGAAAUGUUCACCCCCGAGUGCAAAUUCAAGGAGUCUGUGUUUGAGAACUACUACGUGAUCUACAGCUCCAUGCUCUACAGGCAAAAGGAGUCGGGCCGGGCCUGGUUCCUGGGCCUCAACAAGGAAGGGCAGGCCAUGAAGGGCAACAGAGUGAAAAAAACCAAACCAGCUGCUCAUUUCCUGCCUAAACCUAUCGAAGUUGCAAUGUACCGAGAGCCUUCCCUGCAUGACGUAGGGGAGGCGGCGCCUAAGAUCGCCGGGGGCCCGCCUUCCAAAAGCACAACCAGCGAGCCGGUGGUUAUGAACGGUGGAAAGCCUGUCAACAAAGCCAACAAGGAGGAGACAUAACCCAUCCCUCCCUUCCCCCCACCACUUCCCUUUUCCAUCCACAAGCAAACAGAGGUCUGCAACAAAUGGCGACGAAAGCCAGCGCGCACCUGGCACCCCAUUGCCCUCGAGAAGAUAGAACUGUUGUGGGCGGGCGAAGGCCAAACGGGAAGAAAAUGAAGCAUUGUGGCGGAAAAGGCUAUUGUUCAAACGACACAAACAAUGAUACAAAAAUGCGUCAUCUCCUCCGGUGUUUUCGUGUGACGGUCGGGAAGAGGCCCGCUUGUUCUUCUCCGCUCAUGCUCGGUUACCUGGUAUGCUUGCCUUACACGCAAUACAUUUGAAAACAUCCAGACAAAGAAAUAUGCCGGAGCGUUGAAGAUGCAUCCGAUCUGGCACCGUUCUGUAUCUGAGCUCACUUUUUUUUUUUUUGGGUUUAAGGGCACAAAACACGAACGAACCCCCCAAGCUGCAUGGUUGUGUGCAGAUACAGAAGAGAUUUCAGUCGCUACCUCCCUGCCAAGCACGGAAAGAAUGCUACCACCUCAUCCCUUAUGUAGCCCUUCAAGAAUUCCAGAAUUUGCUUGCAUGGCCACGUAGCAAGAACAGAAGAGCUUUCACCUUUGGAGUCCGAAGCAAAAACAAGGUGGCGACCAAAUGUGUGUUUACAUGGAUUGGUGGAGGACACGUUCGAAUGUAGCUGAAGGGAACAAAUGCAAAAGGUUGUACAGUGUGUCAUAACUUGCUGCCUUCCCAUGAACUUGAAUUUAAAGGUAGGAGGGUGAAAGUGAACAGGGUAACUCAAUCGUGACCAUGCGGGUAUUUGGUGCAGAAAGCCUCAAUAAGAAUACUUGCAUGAUCAUCUUGUGCGCUCGAUGAAAGCAAACCAAAUAGAUUCCUCACUGUGACCAGCAACGUGGCUCCAAUCUGUUCAGGAAUCGGACCAGGCUUGGGAAACCAGUGAACCGAGCCGGUAGUUGCUUCGAAACGAUCCCGGCUUCGAAGGUUUCAAUACUGUGAUCCGUGAAGGAGAUACAAGUUACGGCAGGGGUGGGCAUUUCAUAGAUGGACAUCCAUCAGUAUGGACAUGUUGAUCAUGGGGAAAAAAAUUAAAGGUGUGUUGGACAAGUCCAGUUCAUGUAUGAAUUGAGGUGUGCUGCUGGAGUGAUGAAAGAGGUAGAAGUGGAAGUUCAUUCAGAUGGGCUCUGGUGCUCAUCUUGUUUGCUAUGGUGAUGGACAGAUUGACUGAUGAUGUUUGCAGAUGAUCUGUGGGGAGAGCUGGUGUUAAAGAACCUAAAGAAAGACAGAACACAUGAGGAGUAAAUGAUUUUUUUUUUUUUAAGUCAUAUGUGACCGACGUUUGCCCACCCCUGCAUUACCGAUAAUGAUGGGGAAAACGAAGCUUCAUGAACCAGUUGUUGUAUUCUUUGGCUCCUCUACUAGAUGGCAAUGUUGGUUUAAAGCAGUGCUUCUCAAUUAUUUUCUGUUACGCCCCCCCCUAGCAAGAAGAAAUCUAUUCGCGCCCCCCCUCCCCACCGUGACUGUCCUAACUUGUCUUGUAAGUCGUAAAAUGUUGCACUGUCGCAAACGUGACAGAAGUAACAAUGAGAGCGCCACUGCCCCCUGCUGUGAAGAUGCGCAAUUACACUUUAUUCUAGUACUGCCAAAAAAAAAGCCUGUUCCCCAGGGUCACACGCGCCCCCCCCCAGGUAUAGCACCGCCCACUAUUUGAGAAGCACUGGUUUAAAGUGAGGCUUUUAAAAAAUCAGCUCUUUCAGAGAGCGCCAUCUAGAGGUUUAAGUAAACACAACAACCGGGUUCAUGAAUCAUCUUGAAGCUUCAUUUGCCCGCCAUUAAUUCUAGGUACAGAAUCUUGGAGUGGUUGAUCCCUCCAAACUGGAACAGGCACUCUGUGAAGAUAGACAAAAAGAAGGCCGUGUGACUUCUCAGACGAGCUGUAUCGCCGUCGGGACCACGGGCCAAAGCCCAAACAUCUGACCAGCGGUGUUCCCUCACUUGUCAUACGGUUCAAUUGUUUGCGCUCUAGCGACGAGCUUAGUGUGGGUAUCCCAAAAAGCGUCAUCUCGCAAUGUGUCAAGUGUAUUUCUGCUGUCGUCUCGAUGGGAAGUUGUUGUAGAUCGUCUGAUUCGAUGCCAUUUGCUUUCCGCAGUGGAACCUCCAAAGUCAAACAGCUGCUUGGACUCUUGGAAGUUCCACCGCGGAACAAAUGUUGCCGUUACUCCGGUCCAGUGUGCCUCACGCGAUGUUCUCAAAGUGACGUUCCACUGUGAGGGCCAUCCCUUGAUGAGUCUUUUGGCCAGUGUUGUGCUUGUCUUUUGUAGAAAAAAAAAAUGUGGAUCUUUUCCGUGUAUUGUAGCACUCGUGUCGCACUCGCUAGGAAAAGCAGCCCUGACAAUCAUGUCUGUUGUCAUUUUGUUGUCAGUUAGAAAGUGGAUUUAAAGCUGGCUGUCCCCCCCACCACAUUUUGUGUUCUUUCCAGUGGACCUGAGCUCUCAACACGGGCCAAAAAGUGUCGUUUUUCAUUUCAUCGGAUUUAAUUCACACCGUCAUUUGACCGACCAUAUCAUAUUUAAUUAUAGUAUAGAUGUAUAUAAAUAUACUAGCAUUUAAAAGUUUGGGGUCCCUCAGAAAUGUCCUUUUUUUAUAACUAUAAUCACUUUUACUUUGUAGAGAAUAGCAUUAAAGUACCGUAUUUUCCGGACUAUAAGGCGCACCGGACUAUAAGGCGCACCUUCAAUGAAUGGCCCAUUUUAAAACUUAAUCCUUAUAUAAGGCGCACCGGACUAUAAGGCGCACCAUUAAUGCAUCAUGUCAGAUUUUUAAUCAUUUUCCAUUUUAUCUUUUUUAUUUCAACUUCAGAUGCAACAAAUGACUUUAUAAUCACAAAAUAAUGAUCCAUAGUCUUUUUGAUUCAUGAUUCAUAGUCUUCAGCAGGCCACUUAUGCUUGAUUUCAUGACACAAUGCUUCGGGCCAGUUUGAAUUUAGGAAUUUAGUCCAUAUAUAAGGCGCACUGGACUAUAAGGCGCACUGUCGGCUUUUGAGAAAAGUUUAGGUUUUUAGGUGCGCCUUAUAGUCCGGAAAAUACGGUAAUCUAUAAAUUGUUAAUGCGGUAAAUGAUAGUGAUGAGAAAAUGAAGCUUCAUGAACCAGUUGUUGUAUUCUUUGACUCCUCUAGAUGGCAAUGUUGGUUUAAAGUGAGGAUUUUAAGAAAUGGCAAGUCAGCUCUUUGGUGAACAGAGGGUGCCAUCUAGAGGACUCAGUAAACAAAAGAACGGGUUCAUGAAUCAUCUUGAAGCUUCAUUUACCCAUCAUCAAUAAAUUCCAAUUCUAGCUGAAUUUUUUUUAAAUACAAUAUCGACAUAGGCCCUCUUCUAAUGGUCCAUUGUGUUUGCUAAUUGGGUUGGAAGGCGAAUGAACGUCUCCAUGGAAGACUUAAAAUUGUUCUGGAUGAUCCCAAACUUUUGAACGGUAGUCCAUAUAUACAUCUAAAAUUGGGGUACAUUGUGGUCAUCAAGCAGUACUUGGGAAAGAAUGUUUUUCAAUGCGCGCGUUAGCAUUGAACUGUCAAUCGUUAGCUUGUUGGGUAGCAACCGGACGAAUACUGCUUUUGAAAAUCUUUCAUGUGGUCAAGAAGAACUAGUCUGGAGCACAGGGUUUUCCAGGUUGUGCUCAUCACACAUCCCAAUUAAGGUGAGCGUCUUCUUCUCGGUGGAGCACCAAAGCUACUUCCUUCACAAAGGCUUGAAUUUUCAUUUUCAUUCACGCGUGCCGCUGCCAGGGACAUGUGUUUUAGCGUGGACAUGCAGCCAUAGCUAGUCAGCACGUUUUAGUGACACGAGAACUGUGCUCACGAUGUAGCCUGUCUCCUUCAGGUUGACUCUGUUGAUCCAACAGAAGAAUGCCUUACUCCAUGCAUACAAGCAUCAUUUGAGUAAAAGCUGGAGCGCUUCUCCCCCAGCCACCUCCUCUCACUGCUUGGACUUUUUUUUGCACUUGUUGCACGUGUUGUAAAGAAGGUCCAGUGACAUGGGGCGCUAGGGGCUAAUGCAUGUGCUCAUGUAGGAAAUAGGAAUACAAUGAAGCUUAUAGCCAAGGGGUGGGCACCAGAAGAGACACAUUUGUUGCAAUCGUUUGAUUCCCAUCUGGAUUCAACUAUUUAUUCAAAUUUAUGUACCGUAUUUUCCGGACUAUAAGGCGCACCGGACUAUAAGGCGCACCUUCAAUGAAUGGCCCAUUUUAAAACGUUGUCCUUAUAUAAGGCGCACCGGACUAUAAGGCGCACCAUUAAUGCAUCAUGUCAGAUUUUUAAUCCAAAUCAAAUCAUUCUCCAUUUUUUUAUUUCAACUUCAGAUGCAACAAAUGACUUUAUAAUCACAAAAUAAUGAUCCAUAGUCUUUUUGAUUCAUGAUUCAUAGUCUUCAGCAGGCCACUUACGCUUGAUUUCAUGACACAAUGCUUCAGGCCAGUUUGAAUUUCGAAAUUUAGUCCAUAUAUAAGGCGCACUGGACUAUAAGGCGCACUGUCGGCUUUUGAGAAGAUUUGAGGUUUUUAGGUGCGCCUUAUCGUCCGGAAAAUACGGUACUUUUUUUAAUUGACAUUACAUACAGAAAUUGUAACUGUUCGUUUUAAAAGUCAUGCUGGAUGUGGUCCCCAAGAAUUGGCGAAGAUUUUGCCCACCCCUGCUAAAGUCCAUUUCUGCUACUGAUUUUCACCGGUCGAGAUGCUUUACAGUCUGUUGGAUGGUGUGGUUUUUGGUUUUAGGUUCUGGUCAUUAUUAACAGCAGUUAUUAAAGCAAGAUGAUGUCCAGCAUCUCACCGGUGUUAAUUCUGUACAGCGAUAGUAAAUUGGUAGCAAGUGCUGGCCGUCUUUCAAAUAAGAUUCCGUUUCUAUAACAUUCAUAAUAUGCAAAUAUUGUACAGUUUGUGUCCGACUUAUUGUAUACACACAGAUCAGAACAAUA